AUUGCUUGGCUUCUACAAAGGAAUAUUUCCUCCCAUCUUGGCUGAGACACCCAAAAGGGCAGUGAAGUUUUUCACCUUUGAACAAUACAAGAAGCUGCUAGGAUAUGCAUCAUUGCCACCAGGACUGGCAUUUGCUGUUGCUGGCUUGGGAUCUGGGUUGACAGAGGCAGUUGUGGUUAACCCUUUUGAAGUAGUAAAGGUUACCUUACAAACAAAUCGGAAUGCUUUCACAGAGCAACCAUCUAGCUUUGUUCAAGCUCGGCAGAUCAUUAAAACCGAUGGUUUGGGCUUCCAAGGACUCAACAAAGGUCUUACUGCAACACUAGGCCGUCAUGGAGUUUUUAACAUGGUUUACUUUGGAUUCUACUUCAAUGUGAAAAACAUUCUUCCAGUCAAUAAAGAUCCAAAUUUGGAGUUUUUGAGGAAAUUUGGAAUUGGGCUAGUCUCAGGAACAAUAGCCUCAAUUAUUAACAUUCCUUUUGAUGUUGCAAAAAGUAGGAUUCAAGGACCACAGCCAGUUCCUGGAGAGAUCAAGUACAGAACCUGUUUUAAAACUAUGGCAACAGUCUAUAAAGAGGAAGGAUUUCUGGCUCUGUACAAAGGCUUGGUUCCCAAGAUCAUGAGGCUUGGUCCAGGUGGUGCAGUGAUGCUUUUGGUUUACGAAUACGUUUAUGCAUGGCUUCAGGACACAGCUGAUCACAAGCAGCGCUUCUGAAAAAUGUAGCCUUUAAAAUUAUAUGCAUGCUAAGAUACAUUUUAAUAAAGUAAAAGUGAUUCUCA